UACCGGAGUGGUAUCAAAGAGUGUGUAUUACGGAGCAUUUUAAAGUACGUGUGUGGUGGUCGGUGCACGCGCAUGCAUUGGUGGAGUUGAAAAGCUUUGAUUUUGAGCAUUUGAUCAUACACCCUUUUUAGCUUGGUAGCUCACGCUUCGUUUCCAGCCGAAAAGCUUGGAAAAUCAAAAUAUUGGGCUUUGGAAGCUUCUACUGAGAUCUGAAGAGGGUUGGAAGUUUGUCUGUUUUUUAAAUUGGGAGCCAGAUUUUGUUGGAUAUUGGAGUUCUUGGUGUGAAAUAUGUGCUUGAGCUAAGAAUAGUUUUUAGUUGGUGGGUUAUUUCUCAAUUGCAUUUCCUGUGAUCGAGGGAAUUAUAUGAGAAGAAAUAGGAACUGAUGGUUUUCUUCAUUUGAAGUGGAAAGUUUUAGGAUUUGGCCCUAUUAUCUUCAUGAAACAAGGCUUAAUUUUUCAUAAUUAAGUUGUUGGAGGAGAAAGGGGGUAGAGAAUUGGAGUUUGUUUUAUGUAUUGAGUUUUUGGAGGGUGGAAUUCAGAGGAUAAAGUGCAUGUGGUAUGCUAUUUUGGGGUGAAAAGGAGUUACUGCUGUUUUUUGUGCUGCUCGCUCCAACUGUAUUGUUUAAAUCUUCAUGAUGAAACUGUCUGCUUGCUUGAAUCAACAGUCUCCUGAAGGAGGAGAGAAGAGCUGCCUAAAUUCUGAACUUUGGCAUGCCUGUGCCGGCCCUCUCGUUUCUCUCCCAUCUGUCGGAAGCCAUGUGGUGUAUUUUCCUCAGGGACACAGUGAGCAGGUUGCUGUAUCCACGAACAAGGAAGCCGAUGCUCAGAUGCCUAAUUACCAGAGCUUACCUGCUCAGCUCAUUUGCCAGCUUCAUAACGUGACCAUGCACGCUGACAUAGAGACGGACGAGGUGUAUGCUCAAAUGACC